AUGCGCGGUGAUGCGAGAUUGUCCAAUGCCACUGUGACUCUCUCUCACCACGUUCCGCAGAAGCGCUCUAGCCGCUGCGCAUGUCCUGCAACGAUCAAUCGCUCUCCUCCUGAACGCACAGCUCACCUCAACUUCCUCGUUCCAACUCUCCUUGCCCCCUCUUUGCCUCUCCAUGCCCCCCUUCCUAUGCUACUACCCUGUUAUCACCCCGCCUUCCCUCCUUUCCCUCCCUUUCCUCCUUCCACUCCCUCUUCUCAUCCCCUCUCCCAACAACCCUCACUCAUCUGUCGCACAACCCUCUUCCGGUCCCUGCGUGCCCCCAUGCCCCUCCCCGCGUUGCUUCCCUCCCCCCACACUCCACCGUGCCCGCUGACCUCCGUGAGCCCGCGGCUGCACCCCCUGCGUCCAACCCUCUCCUGCCUUCGCUGGCAGUCAAGCUGUUUUGCACGUGCUGGCAGUGUGGGGGCAGCUUGGGGGCGGCUGGCAGGCGUGGUCGGCCAGCAGCGACUGCUCCACCGUGCAGGGCGUCGCAUGCGACGCUCGCAGGCAACGUCGUCUCCCUGGUACGUGAGGCAUGUGAGUGCUGCUCCAGCGCAUGUGAGUGCUGCUCCAGCGCAUGUGAGUGCUGCUCCAGCGCAUGUGGGUGCUGCUCCAGCGCAUGUGAGUGCUGCUCCAGCGCAUGCGAGUGCUGCUCCAGCGCAUGUGAGUGCUGCUCCAGCGCAUGCGAGUGCUGCUCCAGCGCAUGUGGGUGCCUUCAGAGUACUCUCGGCCCGCUUGCCAGGGGCGUGCCAGCAACGUGUGCAGGCAUCCCUCUCCUCACCUCAGUACAUUGCCCCAUCUGUAGUCCUUCCACGUCUCCCCUCCCUCUCCCUCUCCUAA